GAGAGAGAGAGCUUCUCAUCGACUCUCACCUCCAGCGGCAUUUUCUCCUUUACGAUCGAUCUCAAGUUCAGCGGCAUUUCAUCGAACCGGGACUAAAGAUGGCGGGGACUGGGAAAAGAGGGAGGAACUGCGGUCGAACGAUCGCCGGAAUCUUGCAGCGGGAGGUUGGGGAUCUCUCGCCCAGGAAAUUCGCCCACAGGAUCGGCGCUUCUGAGGAUCUUGUUUUGCGCUUGGGAAUCCACAGGAAACUAAAUCGUCAUAGAGGCUGCGUGAACACUGUAAGCUUCAAUGCAGAUGGUGAUACUCUAGUGUCAGGAUCUGAUGAUAGAAUGGUGAUCUUGUGGGAUUGGAACACUGGGAAGGUUAAGCUAUCAUUCCAUUCUUGCCACUCAAAUAAUAUUUUUCAAGCACGAUUCAUGCCUGAUACUAAUGAUCGGACCCUUGUCACAUGUGCUGCUGAUGGGGAGGUGAGACUUGCUCAGAUACGAGAAGCUGGACAUGUGGCUACUAAAAUGCUAGCGCAGCAUGAAGGCCAAGCUCAUAAGUUGGCAAUCGAACCGGGAAAUCCUCAUAUAUUUUAUAGCUGUGGAGAAGAUGGUUUGGUUCAGCGUUUUGACCUCAGAACAGAAUCCGCUACGGAACUCUUUGUAUGCAAAUCCUUUCAAGAUAAAUCAUCCUACAUGCCUAUUGUUCAUCUAAAUGCUAUAGUGAUAGAUCCAAGGGAUAGCAAUAACUUUGCAAUUGCAGGAUCAGAUGAGUAUGCUCGGCUUUAUGACAUUCGCAAGUACAAAGGGAACGGGUCAACUGACUUUGGUCAGCCGGUUGACUGCUUCUGCCCUCAGCGUUUGAUCGGUCAUAAUCAAAUUGGGAUUACAGGAUUGGCAUUCUCGGAUAAAAGUGAACUUCUUUCCUCCUAUAAUGAUGAGUUUAUUUAUCUUUUCUCCAAGGACCAAGGUCUUGGACCCUAUCCAACGCUAUCACAUGCCAAGGAUGCUGAAUCGAUGCCCAGGGUUUUUAAGGGGCAUCGCAACUGUGAUACAGUCAAAGGGGUGAACUUUUAUGGUCCCAACUGUGAGUAUGUGGUUAGUGGAUCAGACUGUGGCCGAAUAUUUAUCUGGAGGAAAAAGGAUGGGGAGCUCUUACGUGCGAUGGAAGGAGAUAAACACGUGGUUAAUUGUAUUGAACCUCACCCUUAUACCACAGCAAUUGCAAGUAGUGGUAUCGAGAAUGACAUCAAAAUAUGGACUCCCAAUGCCAUCGAGCGGGCACAACCGGUCAAUAUGGAUGAGUUGAAGAAGAACAAGAGCAGGGUCAGAUUUAGCCGGUUUGCAUUUCCUGAGCAGCUGAUUGCUCAGGUAUUGGCACAGCAGAGGUGGGGGCAUAGCCGAGGAGCGCGGAGGGAAGAAAGCUCAGCUGAAAACCGAGGUAUAGUUGAUCUUUUAAUGGAUUAUACAGAAGGUGAUGACUCAUCAGAUGAUGAUAGUGAAGGUGAUACCUCUGGAAGUCCAGGAGAUUGUACGGUCAGCUAAGGUGACUCCAAAACUACAGAAGAAACUCCGUGAACACUUGUUAAUGGAAGUGGGUUUUGGGGGGAAGUUUCAUUACUAAGUAAUUAUUAUGUUCGCGUAGCUUGAAGGUUGCUUGCAUUGCAGCUUUUGGUUUGUUUUUAAGUUUGUAAAUAGCCGCUUCACUAUCAGCAUACUGUACUCUGUUGCAGAAAGAUACAUGAAUAUAUUAUCUGCUAACAGCUUUUUGCUUCA